AUGGCUGUCGCUCAGGUCAACGGCAACGUCGAGGGCUCUGUCCCUCAAUCUGCUUUCCUCCAGCACCUCCUCAACUACCCUAUCAUCUCCGACACCGUCAACACCGUCUCCAGCACCGUCAACUCCAACCCCAUUGCCCAGCGCUCUAUCAAGCUUGGCGACUCUGCCUACAAGACCUUCGCCGCGCCCAUUCUCCCCUACUUCUCCAAGCCCUACCAGUACGUCUCGCCGUACGUCCAGCGCGCGGACUCGCUCGGCGAGCAGACCCUCACCCGCAUCGACGAGCGCUUCCCCAUCGUCAAGAAGCCCACCACCGAGCUCUACAGUGACGCCAAGGCCCUCGUCUUCCUGCCCUUGAACAAGGGUCUGGAGGGUCGCGACCACGUCUACGAAGUCUACAACGCAGAGUCUAAGAAGCAGGCUGAGAAGGGCUACCUGGGCCAGGGCAAGGCUGCUGUUGCCACCCUCUUCCACGUCAGCAACGAGACCCUCGCCCUCGCCAGCAGCUACGUUGCUGUCAAGAAGGCCGAGGUGACCCAGGAGGUCAAGGAGAAAAUCAACCAGUAA